GUACAAAGAAGUAAAACGAAGGAUCAACGGACGAGCGGUUCAAGGACAGUGUAAUUAACUUCCACAAGUGGCCUUUCGAUAUAUGUGUCAAAUGGAAAAAGGAUACAGGGUUCUUCGUCGUGACAGCAUAAUGAUAGUAAUAGGAGAUAAUGAAGUUUCUCUUUUUCUUCUUCUUGAUUCUAUGAUCAUCUUUGGUCCUAUCCCAUGGUUUUUUUCGUCAUUAUCAUUUGACUUCGUCGUCUAGGGUAUGUGUAUGUGUGUAUCGGGGGGGGGGAGAGC